GUCAAAAUCAACCUGAAGUCUCUCCUUAGUCCAUAUUAAAGUGUGGGGAGCUACACGCGUACAUCUGGAGUCAUGGCAGGUAAUAUCCAGCAGCUCAACGAGUCGGCAGUGAUCCGCAGCCUCAGGCGCUUCAGAGACACAUAUUUUACAAACAGAGCUAAAGUUGUUCAAGACGAACUAGCGCCUGUCGUUGAAACGAAUGCAGAGCCACCACCCGGAUUUCUGGACAGUUCACCGGUGGAUGUUCAGUUCCUGAUUAUGACCUUUCUGUGUCCUGCGGAUAUCUGCUGUCUGGGAGCCACCAGUCGGUACUGGAGGGCCAUGGUUAGAGAUCCAUUACUGUGGAGGUACUUCCUGCUCAGGGACAUGCUACACUGGCCCUCCAUUGAUCAUGUGAGCAUGCCCCAACUGGAGUUUUUGGAUGCACCCCUCAUCAAUGAAGAGGAGAGCCUGGAUGAUAGAGAAGAGGAUGGCGACAGAGGUAUGGUUUCAACAUUUGACUACAUGUCAGAAUACCUGAAAGGCUGCCCAUCCUGCAGACAACAGUGGCUUCCUUCACGGCCGGCAUAUGAGGUCUUUACCUCCUUUCUUCAGUCUUUGGUGCCCUCUUCUGAACCACGCUAUGCAAUGUUUGGCCCUGGCAUGGAGCAGCUUGAUGUAUCUUUAGUCACAAGGCUCAUGAAUGCCCCAGAUGUGCUACCUGUGUCGGGCACUCCUCAGAGACAGAUAAAUGGAAUUGGUUCUGGGAUCAGUUACAUUUUCAACAACCAACAAAAAUUCAAUAUCUUGACUCUGUACUCAACCAAUCGGGCAGAGAGGGAAAGAGCCAGAGUGCAGCAGCAGAGUGUCAGUAAUAAACUGUUUACCUUAGAAGGAACAGAUGAAUCAGGAUGUCCGGCCUACAGCCCUGCGCCUCAGGUCCAGCAGGUGUGCCAGGUUGUGGAUGGUUUCAUCUAUGUAGCUAAUGCAGAGCUUGGGAGAGGUGGGGAAGAGUGUGAGGUGGCUCAGAUUCGGGCUGUGCUGAGUUCUGCUGAAAGUUCAGCAUCCAAGCCUCUGCUGGUGCUUUCCUGUGUCUCCAGAGACGACCCAGAAGAGGAUAGAAUAACUAACCUGCAAAAGGUCACCAGCAGAAACAGGGCCAGGUGUCGGACUCCCUGUGUUGACAUGGCAAAGAGACUUGAACUACCGCAACUGGCUAACCCCUGGAUGGUGCAGGAUACAGUGGCAGAAUCUCUGUCAGGUCUCCUGGAUGGCAUUUCCUGGUUGCUGAGAUGUUCUGGAGUCAAACUUUAUGGGGGUUAGUUAUCUAACUACUGCUGCUGCUGAUGAAUGGAAACAACAAACUGUAUUGCUGCAGCUUCCAGACAAGGUAUGCUACAUGUGCAUGAAAUGUAGCAUUGCCUGUGGGACUUCAACUGCAUCAGCAACAGAUGUGAUGGGUUUCUAUUUGUUAUUGAACUGAGAGAAGAGAAAGAGCCUUAUGAAUGAGUCAUAGCAAAACCAGGGUUACACAUGAGACUUUGUUAGUUGAACACUAUAUUCUUUAGAGCAGAAGUGAAGUACAUAACUUACUUGAAGUUACGGAAUAGUUGUUGUGGAUGAAGGAACACUGCUAGUGCAAUGCUAAAUAACAGACGGA